AUGAAAAAAACGUACGUUCGUUUUAUGCAAAUAAUAAAAAAGUGCUUAAAUCUAAAACCAGAAAAUAGACCAACUAUGAAACGAAUUGUGUCUUUUCUCGGAUGCGAUUAUAGGCUUUGCAUUAAUGUGGACCAUGCUGAUUUGGGAUUAAAGGAUUUGGUAUUUACUGGCUGUGCCUGUAGUACGUUUUGCACAGCAUUGUGGAGACGUUCUGAAUCUAAUGGUUUAGUAAAACAUGAUGAUAUAACUGAUUUAUUAACGACAAAGGUGUCACUAAAAGAAAUUAACUGCAAUAAGAAACUGAAAUGGGAAAUUCUGAGAGAAGUCCCCAAGCUUUUAGGUCUAGCUCAUGAGAAUAUCGCCACAUUAUACGGAGUUUCUUUAAAUUAUUCGAAUAAAAUUUGCAUGGUUGUCGAGCAUGCAGAAUGUGGAACACUGCAUUUGCUGCAUUGUUGUAAGUCUAUAAGUAUCUCAUUCCGGGAGAAGCUGAAUUGGAUGCAGCAAUGUGCGAAGGGUUUGGAGUACUUGCAUGGAAAUAACAUAAUCCAUCGGGGUCUUACAACUCAAAGCUUGUUACUUUUCGAUGAUUGUCGUAUAUUAAAAGUGGGUGAUUUCGGAAAAGUGAAUGAAGUUGAAGAAAUUAGAACUGAUUUCAUGUUUUGCUAUUUGGCUCCAGAAGUUUGCAUGGAGGAAAAUGACUUUACAGAAAAGACGGAUGUUUUUAGCUUUAGCAUUAUUUUUUGGGAAGUAAUCAAUCGAAAAAAGCCAUUUUCCGACUGUGAUGUGGGUGUUGUCAGUAAAUGUAUAAAAGAAGGUGUUCGACCGAUUAUUCAUAAAAUGACCCGCAAAGAUUAUAACGAUAUAGUAUCAAUAAUGAAAUGUUGUUGGGCCCAUUCUCCAACAGAUCGUCCAACGAUGAGUGAAGUGUCUUGUAAUUUAAAUGAUGUAACUGAGCGCUAUAUCAGUCGUUCAAGUUGCUACAAGAAUACUAAAAUUACACACAAUGCGAAGUUUAAUUGCUUAGUCCAGUGAGCAAAGGGUAUUGAAGACUUGAAUUUUGUUGCCGCCAAAACUAGUUUAUAAUUUAAAAAUAUUUAAUUAAAGUUUCAAAUGUUAAAUGUUGAAUAACAUCGUUAGCGACUGUAAUGUAGCAGAAGUAUUUCUUUAUUUUAUGUUAACCAACUCUAUGAAAGUAAAGGCAAUUUAAGAGCAAGAAGUUUUUAAAUCUCUCUCGCUCCCGC